CUUUCGAUUUUACCCGAAGUGCUCAUCUAUCGAGAAAUCGAAUUGCUUUCAAGUGGUCAACGCUAUGCAACACCUUGCUUCAUUGGUGCGCGAAAAGUCUAUCUUGUUCGAGGAAAAUAUCCGGACUUGUUGACAACGGCAUGGAAUGAAUUUGCAGCUGAACGAUCGUACUAUAAUGAUUGCCCAGAAGUACAUGAUGAACAACAACAUUUCGUUAUUUUUGAAAGUGCUGAUGGCGGCGUUAAUCUGGAUGCUUUUAAGAUCAAGAUCAAGCGUUUCAUUUUCAUUAGUGAAAUUAAGAUCCAGCGUUUCGAUCAAGUCAUCUCCGUAUUCGUCCAACUAAUGCUAUCGUUAGCGAUUGCUGAACGCUUGCUGUGUUUUGAACAUCGUGAUCUGCAUGCUGGUAACAUUCUCAUUCAGUCGGUUCCAAUCAAAACAGAUAUCGAGUAG